AUGGCAACCCGUUCCCGGCCGCCCUCUCAAGCCUGUUCCCCUGUCGAUCAAGGACAGUUGGAACCCCUAUUUCCGCCAGCCUCCCCUGAGCUUGGCAAAGUCAGUCUCAAGCGGGUCAUCCGCCUACUCUGGGGACUUCAGUCCCAAGUUGACCGCAUCAAGCGGACCCUCUUGGAACAAGUUGAAAUUAGCCAAGAGGUUUGCACCAACGUCAAAAACAUCUCCCAAGCGGUUGAUGUUGUCAAGGAUGGGCUUGCCCAGCUCCAGCUUCCCUGGGGCCCCCACACCCCAGAAGACCAAAAACCCCCUGCGGUCGAGGAAACUCCCAGGGCCGCGCCCAAAGCCAAGCCUAUUGGCAAGGCUCAACCAUUCCUUGGGGCCCCAGCCCCCAUCAUCUCCACAGGGGCCCCCAGGCACGACCCCCUCUCCUUAUUCAAUCCAUACCCUUCCUCCUCCUUCCCUUUGGGACCGGCUCCAGCCCCCCAAGGACCUCCACCAGCACCUAUUGUUACCCCGGUGCAGCCUCCAGCUCCCUCCACUGUAAAGGUGGACCAUCCAGAUGCCUUCAAAGGCAAGAUUGGCUUGGAGGCCAAACAAUGGUUAACACGCAUGUUAGCCUGGGUACGCCUGAAUCAAAGGCAAUUCCCCUUGGACCUGGAGGUCCUAAGUUUCCUCCUCAUGAACAUGACAGAGGCCGGCGGAGCUUGGGCUCACCCCCAUUUGGACCAACUAGGGUCCUACCGCGCACUCAUCCAAACUGUGGAUGAAUUCAAAGUCAAGUUCCUGGCCGCUUUUGGCGACCCAGAUGCAACCAGAGCAGCGGAGCGGAAGAUUACUUCCCUCACCCAGACCGGCACUUGUGCCGAAUACAUUACCAAGUUCCGCACGCUGCAAAUGGAGCUUGAUUGGAAUGACGCCGCGCUUUGCGGCCAGUUUGCGCGUGGACUUCACUGGGAGGUCCAAAGACAAAUUGCCAUGAGGGAGAGGCAACCCAGAACCCUGAGGGAGCUGCAAGACGCUGCCCUCGUCAUUGACAACGCCCUCCGGGAGGAGCAUGCUAGCCACCCGCAACAGGGGAAUAAGUCUAGCAAGACCACCACAACCCCCAACCGGGGGGCAAGUACCGGCCAACAGGCCACCAAAACCGGUCCCCUCUCCUCCAAUCCCAACUACGUCUUGGAGGAAGAACGCAACCGCCACUGCGCAGAAGGUCUUUGCGUAAAGUGCGGAAGGGCUGGACACAAGUUUGCCAAGUGCCGGACCGGAUGGAAGGCUACCCCAAAGGAGGAUAAGGGGAAGGCCAAGGAAACCGCCAAAAUUGGCAAGGACUCUGAGUACCAAUUGGGAAAAGAUUGUAUAGAGAUUUGUCAUGUAUCUACAGCAUCAAAAUUAUCACCCCUCUUCACAAUCCCUAUACAACCAAAGCAAGCGGAAUCUAUAGAAGUCCUGAUUGACUCAGGCGCAACUUCCUCAUUCAUGCACCCCCAAACCGCGGAAUCACUCCGCUUACCACUCAUUGACCUCCCCUCUCCUUGCACCGUAACUACGCUUGAUGGGUUGAGCCCCCAGGCUGGAAAAAUCUGGAAGAAGGCCUCCCUAACCUUCUCCCUUGAUGGUAAACAAAUGACCAAGACCUUCCUAAUCUGUAACACAGGGUCUCACGCUGCCAUCUUGGGAUUGAAAUGGCUAGACGCGCACAACCCAGAAAUUGAUUGGAAUAUGCAAACCCUCACCUUUCCCCACGCCGCACCAGAACACGUGGCCAUUGCCAAGGAGGAAGAAGCAGACAAGAACCCGCUUGAAGGAGUACCCUCCAAAUACCACCAAUAUGCCAAGGUAUUUGGAGAAGAAGAAUUCAACAAGCUUCCACCCCACAGACACUACAACAUUGGGAUAGAACUUACAGAGGAAGGCCCUCUCAGCUCCCCCCUUUACAGUAUGACAGAUGCCGAGUCUGCCACACUCAAGGACUGGCUCAGGGACAAGCUGAAAGCUGGGAAAAUUUGUCCAAGCAAAUCCUCCAUCAGUUCCCCCGUAAUGUUUGUCCCCAAGAAGGAUGGUUCCUGCUGUUUGGUUGUUGACUAUUGCCGCCUUAAUAACCGGACUAAGAAAAAUGUCUAUCCGCUACCUUGUCCAGAUGACCUCAUGGCCCAGCUCCGUGGCGCCAAGGUCUUCACCAAAUUAGAUCUGAGAUGGGGUUACAACAAUGUCCGGGUCAAAGAAGGCAACAAGUGGAAAACCGCCUUCUGCACUAAGUACAGCCUGUACGAAUCCCUGGUCAUGACCUUUGGUUUAACCAACGCCCCGGCUGCCUUUCAGCAUUUCAUGAACAAACUAUUCAAGGAUUUGCUUGACGUCUGCGUUAUCAUAUACCUUGAUGACAUCCUCAUUUACUCCAAGACAGACGCCAACCAUACUCAACACGUUCACAAGGUCCUGAAAAGGCUAAUGGAUAACCAAUUGUUUUGCAAGGCAUCAAAGUGCACGUUUCACGUCACAUUGGUGGAGUAUCUUGGCAUAAUUGUCUUGGACAAAGGGUUCAGCCUGGAUAAACUCAAGAUCCAGGCAGUUCAAGAAUGGCCCACGCCCACCAAGGUUAAAGAAGUACAAUCCUUCCUUGGACCACUGCACAAUCUGGUCAAGAAGGAUACAGUCUGGAAAUGGGAGACCAAAGAACAGGAAGCCUUCCAGGGACUUAAGGACGCCAUCACCAACGCACCAGUCCUUUGCCAUGCCGACCCGUCCAAACCUUACUUCCUGGAAACGGAUGCCUCCGGCGCAGCCCUGGGCUCCAUACUCAGUCAACGUCAGGAAGACGGUCGCCUUCACCCACUAGGUUUUCUGUUGGAAUCCUUCAAGGCCGCCAAGCAGAAUUACAAUACACACAAUAAGGAGCUUCUAGCAAUCAUCCGCUCCUUUGAGUACUGGCGCAUCUUCCUGGAAGGGACCCUCCACCCUAUCACCGUGUUUACUGAUCAUUGCAACCUAGAGCGGUUGACGCAGACUCUUAGCGCCAGAACAAUAAAGCGCCCCAUAAGUCCUGUUACGGGCACCAUCUCCCCCACAUUGCCCAUCAUUACUUCCCGCACCCCCUCUUGCGCUUCCUCCCGCGCCUCCCAGCGCACUGCAUCCCACCAAGGCCGUUCAUACCCCCAUGAGAUGGCAACCCGCUCCCGGAGCACCGCUCGUCCCGCGUCCCCUCUUGAUCAAGGAGAGCUGGGACCCACUCUUCCAGCAACCGCCGCUGAGUCAUCAGGCCUUGAACCCAAGGUCUACAGGGAAAUCUCCCUUGGACGAGCAAUCUCCCUUAUCUUGGGAUUGCAAAACCAAAUCCUCCAACUCGAGCGGGAACUCGAAGAAACCAAGGAGGCAACCAAGGAAGCCCAAGACUGGAUGGGCGCAGUCAAUCAAGCCCUCACUUGCAUUGAGGCUAGGGGUGGAGCCCCACACACACCAGAAGACUGGAGGCCCCUGGCAAUUGAGGCCACGCCCAGGCCCUUACCCAAAACCAACACUAUUCCAGCGCCUAGCGCACCCCUCAUUGCCUGGGCCAACCCCACAAGAGCUCCCCUCCCCUUCACACAACCAACUCCUGUCCGGGCUCCCCCGCAAGUCCAUACUCCCCCUCCACCUUCGCCUAUCCGCCUCCGUUCCCCCCAAUUCCCACAACCAGCAGCCCCUGUAGCCGCUUAUUCAAUCCCAGUCAAGGUAGACCACCCUGACGCCUACACUGGGAAAAUUGGGAACAAAGCCUGCCAAUGGCUCACGCAAAUGUUGGCAUGGGUACGUCUGAACCAACGGAUGUUCCCAACCAAUCAGGAGGUCCUGUCAUUCCUCCUGAUGAAUAUGAAGGACGUAGCAGGAGCCUGGGCUCACCCCCAUCUCGACCAACUAGGGUCCCACAGGGCCUUAAUUCAAUUGGUUGACAACUUCAGGACGGAGUUCUUGGCUGCAUUUGGCAACCCGGAUGCUACGCAAGCCGCUGAGCGGCAAAUCACCCACCUUACUCAGACAGGCACCUGUGCUGAGUACAUUACAAAGUUCAGGACCAUUGCCAUGGACCUGGACUGGAAUGACGCCACCCUUUGUGGGCAAUUUGCACGUGGCCUCCACUGGGAGAACGUAGCCAUGGUCAUUGAUAACGCCCUCCGCAAGGAGCGUGCCAGCCACCCGCCUAAGGGUAAUAAGCCUGGAACCUCUUCCACUAACCCCAAUAGGGGGGCGAGUACCGGCCAACCGGCCACCAAACCAGGGCGCUUGUCCAGCAAUCCUAACUUUGUCUCCAAGGAGGAGCAAAACCGCCGCAGGGCUGAAGGCCUCUGCAUCAAAUGCGGUAAGGCGGGCCAUAAAUUUGCGGAAUGCCGCACUGGCUGGAAAGCCACACCCAAGGAGGAAGGUGUCAAGAAGGAAGCCGCCAAGAUUGGCAAAGAAAUUUCCCCACUCUUCACAAUUUCAAUUAAUCCAGAGAAACAAGCGGACCCACUAGAAGUCCUGAUAGAUUCAGGCGCUACAUCAUUGUUCCUUCACCCUCACACCGCAGAACUACUCCGCCUACCCCUAAUAGACCUCCCUCAACCCCGUACCGUAACUAUGCUUGAUGGGUCAAGCCCCCAGGCUGGAAAGAUUUGGAAGAAGGCCCACCUAACCUUCCUAUUUGAUGGUAAACAAAUGAUGGAAACCUUCCUGAUUUGCAACACCGGAUCACACGCCGCCAUCCUAGGCAUCAAAUGGUUAGAAGCCCACAACCCUGAAAUCGAUUGGAACUCCCGUACCCUCUCCUUCCCACAUACGCCACCAGAACAUGCAACCAUUGCUGAGGAGGAGGAAGCUGAUCAAAAACCCCUUGAAGGAGUUCCCUCCAAAUACCACCAAUACGCCAAGGUAUUUGGAGAGGAGGAAUUCAAUAAGCUUCCUCCCCAUAGGCAUUACGAUAUUGGGAUUGAACUCACAGAGGAAGGACCCCUUAACUCCCCCCUUUACAGUAUGACUGAUGCCGAGUCCGCCACCCUCAAGGACUGGCUUAAGGAUGAACUCAAAGCUGGGAAGAUCCGUCCCAGCAAAUCACCUAUCAGCUCCCCGGUCAUGUUUGUCCCAAAAAAGGAUGGUUCCUGUCGUCUCGUAGUUGACUAUUGUCGCCUCAAUAACCGGACAAAAAAGAACGUCUAUCCGUUGCCCCGCCCAGAUGAUCUAAUGGCCCAGCUCCGUGGCGCCAAGAUCUUUACUAAGCUAGAUCUAAGGUGGGGAUACAACAAUGUCCAGGUAAAAGAAGGCAACAAAUGGAAAACUGCCUUCCGUACCAAAUAUGGUUUAUACAAGUCCCUGGUCAUGACCUUUGGCCUGACAAAUGCACCUGCAGCUUUCCAACACUUCAUGAACAAGUUGUUCAAGGAUCUACUGGAUAUAUGCGUCAUCAUCUACCUAGAUGACAUCUUAAUUUACUCAAAGGAUGACGCAACUCACACAAAACACGUCCAUGAGGUUCUGAAGCGGUUGAUGGAUAACCAGCUCUUCUGUAAAGCGUCCAAAUGCACGUUCCACGUCACCUCUGUGGAAUACCUGGGGAUCAUUGUCUUGGACAAGGGUUUUAGUCUGGAUAAGCUCAAGAUCCAGGCAGUACAAGAAUGGCCAAUUCCCACAAAAGUCAAAGAAGUCCAAUUGUUCCUAGGUUUUGCCAAUUUUCUCCGCCGAUUUGUUGCCAACUUCAGCCACAUGGCUAGACCAUUGCACAAUCUGGUAAGAAAGGAUACGCCAUGGAAGUGGGAUACCAGGGAACAGGAAGCCUUCCAGGACCUCAAGGACGCUAUCACCAACGCACCAGUACUUUGCCACGCGGAUCCUACCAAGCCCUAUUUCCUGGAAACAGAUGCAUCAGGUGCAGCUCUGGGAUCAAUACUCAGCCAACGGCAAGAAGACGGAAGACUACACCCCUUGGGGUUCCUGUCGGAAUUGUUCAAAGGUGCCGAACAGAACUAUGACACCCAUGACAAGGAACUCCUCGCAAUCAUCCGGUCAUUUGAGUAUUGGCGUAUAUUCCUGGAGGGGACAAAACACCCAAUCACGGUUUUCACAGAUCAUUGCAACCUGGAAUACUGGAAGGAGUCCAGAACCUUCAAUCGACGGCACGCGCAAUGGCAUCUACUCCUUGCCGGUUAUAACUUCCAGAUUGUCUAUUGCCCCGGAAAGCAAUCAGGGAAGCCAGAUGCCCUCUCACGCCGAUCAGACCAUGCCAAUAUCCCUCCUGCAGUCCAAACCAUGCUCCCAGACCCCGUAUUUGCAAACAUUGCCCUGGUCACGCCGGAAAAAGAGCUACAACGCCAGAUCAAAGCGUCCCUAGAUCAAGAUGAGUCCCUGGAGGAAAUCCUCCAAUUCUUACAGAACAAUUCCAAAGCACCCCCCUCCAUCAAACGCGCAUUCAAAGAUUACAAGAUGGAGGCUGGAUUACUAUUCUACCAAGGAUGA